AUGACGGACAGCUGAUGCAGCCAAUGAAAGACGCGACGUCUAUUCAACGGCCAAUGACUGACCCGCGGGGGCGGGGCUUACUCGGCCGUUUUAUCCUCACUCUCUCGCCAAGCAGAAGGAGAAUCCCAAAAAAUGACAUCCAGCAGCAGCUUUCCAAUCCAGAGGAAAACCGCGGCGUUUGGAGAAGUUUCCCUCCUCACAUUACCACGGAUUACAGCUCGUUCUUCAGAGAUGUAGUCAGAAGACGUCAGAAAUGUGUAUUUGACACGAAAGGACAGUGUUUCCACACAACAGUUAAUAUUUACGCGUCUCUGAUCGCGCCUCAGCUUCAUUUCAGACAUGUGUGAUUUAAUGCCAGCGGCUCAACCGGCCGAAAAAAUCGGCAAAAUGAAGAAAUUAAGAAGAACGUUGUCGGAGAGCUUCAGUCGUAUCGCCUUGAAGAAAGAAGACAGCGGCUUCGACGAGAUAUGUGUCACCAAGAUGUCCACUCGCAGCGGUCAGGGAUCAGACUCGCUCAUCAAGCCCCUGGACACUAUCCCUGAGGACCGUAAGGUGCAGCGGACGCAGAGCGGCUUCGACCCCUUCGAGAAACCGGCCGGUCAGGUGAAGCGUGUGCACUCGGAGAACAACGCCUGCAUCAACGCCAAGAGCUCGUCCUCCGGGAAAGAGUCUCCCAAACUCCGGCGUCACUCCAGCCCCAGCUCCCCCACGAGCCCAAAGUUUGGGAAAGCAGAUUCGUACGAGAAGCUGGAGAAGCUCGGAGAGGGAUCCUACGCCACCGUCUACAAAGGGAAGAGCAAGGUGAACGGGAAGCUGGUUGCGUUGAAAGUGAUUCGUCUGCAGGAGGAAGAGGGAACGCCGUUCACAGCGAUUAGAGAAGCGUCUCUGCUGAAAGGCUUGAAACACAACAACAUCGUGCUGCUCCACGACAUCAUUCACACCAAGGAAACCCUGACGCUGGUCUUCGAGUAUGUGCACACAGAUCUGUGUCAGUACAUGGACAGAAACCCCGGUGGCCUCCAUCCAGACAACGUCAGGCUCUUCCUGUUCCAGUUACUGAGGGGUUUGUCUUACAUCCAUCAGCGCUACAUCCUUCACCGAGACCUGAAGCCACAGAACCUGCUCAUCAGCGACAGCGGAGAACUCAAACUGGCCGACUUCGGUCUGGCCCGGGCGAAGUCGGUCCCCAGUCACACGUACUCUAACGAGGUGGUGACGCUCUGGUAUCGUCCUCCAGACGUGCUGCUGGGAUCCACAGAUUACUCCACCUGUCUGGACAUGUGGGGCGUGGGAUGCAUCUUCGUGGAAAUGAUCCAGGGAGCGGCGGCGUUCCCGGGCAUGAAGGACAUUCAGGAUCAGCUGGAGAGGAUAUUCCUGGUUUUGGGGACGCCAUCGGAGGAGACGUGGCCAGGUGUUCACUCUCUCCCACACUUUAGACCAGAUCGAUUCACCGUCUACAGUCCCAAGACACUCAGACAAGCCUGGAAUAAGCUGGGUUAUGUAGAUCAUGCUGAAGAACUGGCUUCCAGGUUCCUCCAGUGCUUCCCAAAGAAGCGUCUCUCGGCUCAAGCGGCGCUUCAUCACGAGUUCUUCAUCCAUCUGCCCCCGAGACUCUGGGAGCUGCCUGACAUGUCUUCGAUCUUCAGCGUUCCCAGCGUUCGGUUACAGCCGGAGUCAGGUGUCAGCGUCCAGGUGUGUGGUCAGAGCAGAGCCUCGUCUGACAGCAAACACUGACCGGAGCAGACAGGUUGGCACUGUCAGCCUUCAAGAUGGAAAAAGGACAAAAGAGGAGAACGAGACGGGAAAGGCUCUUCAUGUUUAUUACAAUUAUUUCAUUUCUGGCUGGCUGGUUUGACCUUCCAUGUGGGACUGAGAACAAUUCAGUCAAAUCUUAGUUUUACCACCAGGAAUGUCAUGUAACAUUCCCACAUCGAUGGCAUGCAAACGACGUCCGGACUUCAAAAGGCAAAUAAUACGAACUGUUUGUGUAUGCAUCUACCUAUAUACGAAUGUUUGUACAGUUAAAUAUGUGUCUAUCUGAGAGAACAAACCAAAUGCCCUCCCACGCACAAUCAUGCAUUAUUGAGACGAAGCUGGCAUUUCGCAUUUCCUGCAAUCUUCCACAUUGUUGGCUAUGGUAUGGUCCAGCUGUGCUCCCAAUAACAAUAAUUCCCACAAUAAUUACUAAGGAUGCACCGAUAUAUCGGCCGAUCAACCGAUUAUUUAAAAAUCAACAGGUGGCAGAAAAGCAUGUCAGACAGCAACUUGUCUUGUGUUGAAUAUAGUGCUGUCAACGUUAAAGCAAUAAUAACGCAUUAACGCAGUGCUGUUGAAUCAGCAGUCCUAUAAAUCACCUAUUGUUCAAGCCAGGGUUGACAGAUCCAGUUUCCAUUAUUUGUAUUGUGCCUCCUAUCCAUUAAUCACAACGAUCUUUGUGCUUUGUUGCUUCUGAUAAAAAAAAACUAAGUCUCAGCUUUCAAAUCAUGUAUAUUUUAUUACUAAAUUCAAACAAUAAAUGCCAUUUUGACGUUCUUAAAUGUGGUGUGACGUAUUGCUGUAGUGCUUCAGUUUAAGGGGCAGUGACGAGUCUUUUCAGACAAAAUUAAAAUGAAUGAACAUCUGAAGGUGUUGAAGGAUACAAUACAACCUAUCAAAAUGUAUCAUGUCUCAUGUAAUCACUCAAUCAGCAUUUAAACCGGAAAAAAAACAUCAAAUAAAAUGUUAGGAAAAGUUUAUGAACGAUGUCACUUAACAUUGCAUUUAGUUCAGGAAAGUUAAACACUAGAGCGAGCUUAUUUACUGUUAAUUAUAUGUUUGAAUAAAUCUUUUUUUAUGAAAAUAAUCUUGUGUUGAUAAAAACAUUUUUUAUUUGAGUAUACCUGAAAACAAAUGCCAUUGAAUAUAGUUUUGUUGUUAAUUUGAAGCUCUUAUAUGAAAUAUCAAAUGAAAGGCUUCCUGUAUGGUUUAUAGCAUUAUUUGGUCGGUAUUAGCAUAUAUUCUGAAUUAUUGGCUAUCAAUUUCAGCAGAUAUCAUUCUGAAUAAAGAGUGUCGACAGAUAUCAAAUAAUCGGUAUAGGCAGAUAUUAUUCCUGAUAAUCGUGUCGGUAUUGGCAGAUAUCAUUCUUAAUAAUCGGUUAUCGGUAUCUGCAGAUGUCAUUCCUAAUAAACAGCUAUCGAAUUGAUAUUGGCAGAUAUCAUUCCGAAUAAUCAUAACGGCAUUAGCAGAUAUCAUUCUUAAUAAUCGGUUGUCGGUAUUGAUAUUGGCAGAUAUAAUUCUGAAUAAUCGGUUAUGGGUAUACACAGAAAUGAUUCCGAAUAGUCAGUUAUCGUUAUUGGUAUCAGCAGAUAUCAUUCUGAAUAAUCGGCUAUCAGUAUGUACAGAUAUCAUUCUGAAUAGUCAUUAUCAAUAUCGGCAGAUAUUCUGAAUAAUCGGCAAAUGUAUCAGCUAAGAAAUUUAGUAUCGGUGCAUCCCUAGUAAUAACGAUAAUCACACUGACGAUGCGGUUGCAUUCACUCACUGCAGGGACUGCACUAAAGCAAUGAACACCAUCACUAACGGCAGAUCACUGCGAGUCUUGUGUACGUCUUUGUGCGUUUACAUGUGCAUUGAGUAUUAAAUACAGGCAAUACGCUUGCACUGGUGCUACUGUGCAUGAGAAACAUAUUAACUCAUCCACGUUUGGAAAUUAUUCUGUUUACACUUUUCCAUCCGAAGGCCCAUGACAAUCUUAGAAUGAAUUGCACUCACUAACUGAUCAUCAAGAUGAGCCAAACUUUACUUUGAACUGUUAGAGGAUGUUCGCACAGGACGUGCUGUUUUUUCUCUUUAUUUUUCAUUUAUUUAAAUUGUCUGUCUGUGCUAGAUGGACAUCUCUGUAUCUUGUUGCAUGAGCGCAAAAUUUUUUCUGUUUAUGCAUUUUGCAGGUGUUUUUAUCCUAAGUAAAGUACAUUGCAUUCAAAGUAUUUGAUCAGUUCAUGCAUCAAUUGAGAUUCGAAACCCAUGACCUUGUCGUUGUUUGCACUACUAUUUAAGCUAUAGGACUGCUCUAAAUUCUCUGAACUAGAUUCUGUUUACUAUUCACACACACACACAAGAUAUUUUAUAAAAACAAAAUCAAGUUCUCAUACAUUAUAAAAAAGUCCCCAAGAACUGUUUUUUUACUCUCUUACACACAAUUUUAUUUAUUUUUGCAAAUACCAAACAAAAUACAGAUUGGAAACAAUUUUAAUUUUUUAACACAGAAAAAUUCUGUACACAUUCCGAAACACACCAGUGUCAAAACUUUGUGUGCAUGUUCAUGACCCUAAAUGAAAAGAAAAAAAAAACAGUUUCAUGAAAAGCAGGUUAACUGAUACCAACAUAAGGAUAAAAACAAGUUUAAAGCGUCUUUUCUAGCUAGUUUAUAAAUGCAAGAAUGCAUUAUGUGUGAACGGUCCUUUAGCAUUUCAAACUGAAGUGUUGUUGAUCAAGCUCUAAUGCAUUUUUCAAACAUCUUUUCGAGAUGGAGUUUGAUCUGAAGAACCUUCCCAAAGUGCACUACUCUCCUGGCCUGCAUAUCUGAAUACUAAUACUGCUCUUCCUGUUCAUGUCCGUCCAUUUGGUUUCUGUAAAACAGACAUUCAACAUAAUAAUAUAAUCUCUAUUUGGGCACAAUAUAUUCUCUUUUCUGUCAGUUUGUUAUAAAAUAUCAAUGAAUUUUGCUUUCUACAAGUGCAAGAGCUAAUUGAACAAAAGCAAUGUUUGGCUCUGCACUGUUAACAUGGAUCGAAUAAAGAAGUAAAAUGAGUUCAGAUUUGUACAGUAACACACCUGUUGAUUGUUUAAUAAACCAGAAGCGGGUGGAAUGUGUACAGAUGUGCAUGACGUCCAGUGACACAUUUCCAUCCAGUGACUUUGCAGUUAUUAUACAGUACAAAUCCAGACAUUAUCCUUUUUUUAUUAUUACUCAUAUUUGUGCAAACUGAACUUCUUGAUUCAGCUUUAGUCAUAAUGGUGUGAGCAAUGUUUAUUGACUUUAAAAGGUCAACGCUUACUGCCAAUGCACUUUUCAACAUGUUUGCGCAACAUUCAAGCUUAUAAGGUUUUGUUUGCACCUGUAAAUUUUGUCAGGCCACGUACACACCGCAUAACCUGAUUAUCACUCAUAAUCCUGAAUUUGAGCAUCAUUUUGGUGUCUCAUAAACUAGAAACAUGAUUAUUAGCAGUCUAACCCAUUUGUGUUUGCUGCUUAGUAGUUUGAUUCUUGUACUGUACUGGAAAACAAGACAAAAAUAUUGAGGAUGAAAAGGAUUAUUGUGUAAUGUUGCAAUCAGUCUGCAGUGUGAAGGUGGCCUUUAUUCAAAGAACCAUUUUAUACUUACAUAUUCUCACAAAGGAAGAGACUGUUUAAACAUUGCGACUAUAAAGAGAGCUGCGAUUCUGUGGAAACACAGCGUGUUAGAGCCGCAUUAAUGUCUCCAAACCUGCUGCGGCAUUAAAGGACUCCUGCCAGUAUUAGCAGCCCAAUAAUUAUUUCCAUGCGACGUGCUUGACACAUGUAAGAGCUCCUCCUGCCUUUGUUGGCGGUCGCAGCUUUACAUGCGACAUGAUGUAUUUUAUCACCACUUUAAGGUGGGCAGAGUCCUUUCUUGCAAGAAAAAGUAAUGGAGAAAAGUAAUAAUAUAAAUGAUUCUUGCGCAUUUAGCACUGUGACAAACACAUGCAAAAAAAGAGAAGUCAUAUUUGCAUAAUUAUUGGCGCUUACUUUAAAGUUGAUUAUUUAUGGAAGCCUGUUUCUGUCACUGAAUAAAUAAUAAAUCCAGGUAAGUGCGACUUUUUAUCUCGCAAUUCUAACUUUUCUUUCUCGCAAUUGCAAGCUUUUCGCAAUUCAACUUUUUCCUCAGAAUUGCAAAAUAGAAACUAAAUUCUAAGAAAAUAGUCUUUUUUCCCUUAAAAUUCAGAAGAUCUUACUUUUGCAAGUUCUUGCAAUUCUGACUUUUUUCAUAAUUGUGCGACAUAAAGUCCAAUUUUGAGGUAAAGAGAGUUUAAAUCUCGUAAUUCUGAAUUUAUAACUCGCAAUUGCGAUUUUAUAUCUUGCAAUUCUGAGAAAAGUCAGAAUCGCGAGUAUAUAUCAAUUUAUAACUUUAUUUCUCCAAAUUCUGAAUUUUUACGCAAUUCAAACUUUAUAGUAAUUAUAAAUUGCUUUUAUAUGCAAUUGUGAGUUUCAUGCAAUUCUGAGAAAAAAGCUAUUGCGAGUUUUUAUCUCACAAUUAUGACUUUUUUCUCAAAGUUGCGAGUUUAUAUCACAAUUCUGAGAAAAAAAUAACUGCGAGAAAAGUUACUUUUUUAAAGUAACUUGUUUUUUAUUCGCUAACAGAAAGAGGCUUCUAUAGUUAAUAAAUUGAUAUAUAUAAAUGUAAAUCUACCAUGAAAAGGGAACAGCUUUAUAUUCCUGGUUUGCUCUGCGUUUGAAUGUGCUGUCAAUACAAUAUUAUUCUCAUUUCAUCUGUGAAUAUUUAAUCUUUUUGUAAUCUUUGUUAUAUACUAAGCUGUAUAUACGGUAUAUAUCAGGAGGUUCAUAUCCGUAUAUUCUCGUUGGGCGUGUGGAGGUUGAACAUGCCUCCGCUGUGCUGAACACUGAAUCUGUGUUUUUGCUUCACUUGCUUAUAUCCAUUUUUCCUUUUUGUAAGAUGCACUGAAAUAAUGCAGAUUUUUGGCAAGCAGUAGACGUGUAACUGGACACUUUACAAUGAACUAAACGUAGACAAUAUUAGAGUAGGGAUUGCAUUAUUUGUUAGAAUCCUGUAGGUAAUGUUAUUAUGGAAGAUGUAAUGUCCUUCUGUAAAUGUAGUUUAUUGUUGUUUUACCUGAAAUAAAGUUUAUUAAUGCUUCAAACCAA